UUAAUUGGGAUUCAGACCAAAAUAUCCGGCGUUAUCUUCUUCCUACUGGCGAAUAUAUUUCAUGUGUUCUCUGGAAUAGUCUUUAUCAUAUAACAGGUACCGAUAUAGUUCGGAGUCUGGUAUUCCGCUUCCAAGCAUUCGGUAGACCAGUAACAAACAUCAAAAAGUUCGAAGAAGGUGUUUUUAGUGACUUGCGUAACCUAAAGCCAGGCAUGGAUGCUUCCCUUGAAGAACCUAAGUCCGAAUUUCUCGAAAUGUUAUACAAAAAUAACUGUAUAAGAACUCAAAAGAAGCAAAAAGUGUUCUAUUGGUUUUCUGUACCACACGACCGCCUGUUCUUGGAUGCUUUAGAGCGUGAUUUGAAACGUGAAAAAAUGGGGAUAGAACCUACCACCGUUGCUAGAGCUGAACCUGCCCUUUCAUUCUCAUUUGAUUCGACACAAUCGCUUUAUGACCAAUUUACCAAAGGAAUGUCACCUG